AUGACGGAGCCCUCGCGUCGCUUCUCGUCAGAAGCCGCAUCCAACACCAAAAGUCCUGUCGGAUCUCUGCGUCAGAGCACGCCUCCACUCCGGUCGCCGCAUCAUCCCGACAGGCGUCGCCUUUCAUCCAACUCGCAAGACCAACCUGCAUCGACUCGGGAUCAGGGUUCCAACAGCACUCACCAGAGACAGUCACGGUCGGGAGGGCUGCAAGAGCCAUCGCAGGAAUCCCUCCUCCUGCAGCAGCAACAACAGGCACACCAACACCAACUGACACCGCCAGCGCCGCCCGUCUUCACCCCGGUCUUUGCACUCGUGGACGACGCCACCGGCAGGCUUACAACACACCACCCUCGCGUCCACUACAUCUUCUCCGACGAUGACCCAGAGGAACUGACCGCGGCCCUCGACGACGCCGCUGCGGACCAUCCCCACCAACCCACAUCCUCCGGGGGCGCUGUGGCGUCAGCUCCGGGGUCGUCUCGGGACCGCGCCAUCGUCGUCGACCUGGUACCAAACCCCGACGGCAGGCCUGGUUCCUUCUCCGUGGCGAGCGCCGUCUCCCUCAGUCCUGAAUGGGCCGUGACGAGCGUGCAGGUCUCGAGAGUGGGCGGCAAGGACGCCGACCUAGCCGUCGGAGGAGUCGGCGGCAAGGGCAAGGGCAGGGAUGUCACCGAGGCUGGCGAUGACAAGGAUGACGACGGCAGCGGAGACGGCGGCGACAAUGGGCUGAUGUUGAGGAUUGAAGGGGUUGGGGUCGACCCGGCCGCCGCGGCGGAAAGCACUCUGACGCUGUCCGGGUCCAGCAGCGGCGGGUCGCGUCACAGCGAACGCAGACGGCAGAAACAACAGCAGGGGCCCGGCCCCAACGGGGAGGAAGAGUUCGCGGCGCUGGCUGACCAGUUCGACCGUCGCAUGAGCACGCUGCGACGCGUGGUCGACGCCAGCAUACCUGGGCUGCCUUCAGAGGACCAGCGGGCAGCGCAUGCUGCCGUCGGUGAUGAGACUGCCUCCCCCGGGGCGGCCGCUGCUGAGGCUGUGUCCUCUGAUCAAAAGGCCACACCCUGA